AAAAUACACAGCUUCAGGAAGGUUGAGAACUUGUGCUUCUACAGGUAACUUGUUUGAAAAGCUGGAAGGAGUUCAGUGGUGGGUUAACAGAGUUACUGUCAUCUCAGCAAAUCAAGAAGGUUCACUGGUGGGUUGACAAAUGUAUUGUCAUCUCAGCAUAUCAAGAAUAUUUCAGAUAAGAAUAUGAAUGGUGACACGCAAAUGUGACCAUGGAAAUAUUAAAGGUUAAGGCUGAACCCCUUUCUGAUGCAGAACAGGAUGCUUUGUUGGAUAUCAACUUGAUGAAAAAUGAAGAAACGUUUACAUUAUUUAGUACAACACAAGAAGCUGUUUCCUUGAAAGAAAGGUCUUCAUAUGCAAUUUUUGAGUUUGAUGUCCCAAAACAGGAGUGGGAAGAGAAUUAUGAUGAAGCACCAGAGAAGACUAAGAACAUAUUUAUGAAGAUUAAAACUGGUCAACCUGAUGACGUUAUUUCUGAGUUCAGUGAGAGUGAUGUUGGUGAACUAGAUAGUUCAAAAGAUGAUGUUUUGAGUGUGAAAAAAGAAAACGAAUCUGAAGAUGAUUUUCAUCAACUUGGCUCUGAGUUAGAAAGUACACUUGAUGUAAAGCUGUAUGAGAACAACUUUUGUGGAAAUCAUCUAAAAGAACAUGAGAUGAUGCCUGGUGGUAGUACAAGUCACAUAUGUGUUGUAUCUGGUGAAGAAUUUGUUAGUGAAAGUAACCUAAAGAGUCAUGCAAAGAUACUGACUGAGGAGAAACCAUACAGUUGUGCAAGAAAGCCACGAACGUACCAGCGAAUAUCAAAAAGAAACUCAUGGGACAGUGUAUCCAUGGAAAGGGCAUUAGAGACAUUAACUAAAGGUGAAAUGGGCUUCAAAAAAGCAGCAAAAGUUUUUGGAAUUCCCAGGUCAACAUUAAAGCGGAGAUACAAGGACCAAAAUAAACAAGCCAAGGGAUCUAGUAAAGCACUGGGCCGUUUCCAGACAACAUUUUCUCCAGCAAUGGAACAUGACCUUGUGCAUUACAUACAUAUGAUGGAAGAGAUGAUGUUUGGGAUUGGUGGUGAUGAGGUCCGCCGGUUAGCUUACCAACAAGCUGAGCGCACUGGACUGUCACAUCGGUUUAGAAAUGAAAAGGCUGGAAAAGAGUGGCUGCGAGGUUUCCUAUCACGCAAUCCUGAAUUGUCAGUGAGAACACCUGAUGCUAUAUCAGCAGCACGUGCAAGAGGAUUUGAUAGACAAGUUGUGAGCAAGUUUUUCAAUAUUUUGGAACAACUGUUUGAUGAGCACAAGUUUUCUCCAAAUAACAUUUACAGUGUUGAUGAAACUGGUUUGUCAAUUGCACAAAGCAAACCAUCAAAAAUUAUUGAAUUGAAGAAUCAUCGUCAAGUAAGAGCUUUGAAAUCAGCAGAAUAUGGACAGUUAGUAACUGUUGAAAUAUGUAUGAGUGCCACAGGGUCAUUUGUUCCACCACUUUUUGUCUUUCCAUGGACAUCAAUGGAUCCAGAACUUAUGAAUGGGGCACCAAGAGGAUCACUCUAUGCCUGCCAUAAAAGUGGCAGGAUCCAGCUUCCAAUAUUCACUCAGUGGUUUAAUCACUUUCUAAGAGUGUCAGAAGCAUCAAAAGAAAAUAAAGUUUUGCUCAUACUUGAUGGACAUUCCACGUAUACAAUAAACCUAGAUGUUGUAAAUCUUGCUAAAGAUAAUGGAGUCUUUUUGUUGUGUCUCCCUACACAUUGUUCACAUAGAUUGCAGCCUCUUAAUGUGUCCUUCAUGAAGCCACUGACUUCAUAUUAUACUCUAGAAGUUGAGUCAUGGCUGAGGCAUCAUCCAGGAAGGAAUGUGACAGUAUUUCAGGUAGCAGAACUGUUCAACCGAGCCUACCUCAAGGCAGCAAUAGCAUUUAAUGCUGUCAAUGGGUUUUUCAAAACUGGUAUAUAUCCAGUUGCAAGAAACUUAUUUGAAGAUCAUGAGUUUGCUCCAGCAAACCUCACUGAAAGGCCCUUUCCUGAGCCUCGCGAGGUGCAGGUUUCACAACCUGUCACCUUCCCAACUUCACAACCUCCUUCAGGACAAAACACCUUUGGAUGGAAGAAAUUUUCAUUGGUUAAAACUGGAAGAGAGAAUAUUUGUGACAAUGCCAUUGCCAGUACAUCAUAUGCAUAUGUUUCCCCAGUUGUUAUAACACCAUCUUCAAAAGUGCUUCCAGUUAUCAAGCACAGAAGGAAGAGGAAACUUAAGAGCAGCAGUGCACAGCUAUUAACAUCCUAUUCCUAUAAGAAGAUGCUCAUUGAAACAGAUGCAGAAGUAUCUCAAUCAUCUUCUGAAAAAGAAAGGAAGAAGGAACUAACAAAAGAAAGAAAGAAAAGUAGAGAACAGCAGAAGGAAAAAAGAGGAAAGAGGAUGGUAAAGCGAAGCUCAAAAACAAAUGAAACAUCUAGUGAAACAUUAAAUGAUGACAAUGACACAGCCUGCUUAUUUUGUGGAGAAACUUACAGUAAAACACCAUAUGAUGGGUGGAUCCAAUGUAGUCAUUGCAAAGAAUGGUCUCAUGAAGAAUGUGCAGGUGUUGACAGUGAUGAUGAGGACUUCAUUUGUGAUAUCUGCCAGAACUGGCCUUUACUGACCAAAAAAAAACAAGCAUGGAAAGCAGUGAUUGAGAAAGAAAAUUUUAUGUAUUCACCAUCUGCUCCAAUAUUACAAAACUCAAUGGAUGGAGAUGGGUCAUAAAGCAUGAUGAGUUCACACCAUUGUUCUAAAUAACUCUUUCAGCAUGGGCUUGGUUCCACAGACCGACCUCGUAACCAUUUUGUGCUUGUUAUAGUUUUUAUGCU